GGACGAGGUAGAGAGAGUACAGACGACGUAGGAAGGUGACGCUGUCCUCUCCCCAUGACUCUCACACUAAGUGUAUGAUGGUAGCAACGUAUGGGUGGAGGGGAGGAGACCCCAGGAACAUGCUCAUCGUGCCCACCGAGACGGUGAUUAGGGUCGCUGCGUCAAAAGAAACGACGGUCUUUGUUACGGCCGGCGGCAGGUUAUACAUUGGUCAAUACACUGGACAAGAGAGAGGCAGUUUGAAGCAGGUUGAGCUUGGCAGCAGAUGUGUUCGCGAUGCAACGGUGUACAGAGGACAGGUGGUGUUUGUCACGGACGCCGGGGAGGUCUUCACUCGGGACCUAGAGGGAGGAGACGUCCGAACCUUACCCGUCCUGGAGCCAAAGAAGACGUGUACCCAUGGCCAGGAAGAGAAAGGACGUAAAGUUCGGGUGCGGGCGGUGGCGGCCGGUUGUGACCACAUAUUGUUCCUGAGUGCUAAAGAUGAGAUAUGGGUACAGGGACGUGGACCAGCGUUAGGACUCUUCACAAACAAGACCGAGAAUGAGAUCACAAACCCAGCACGUGUUGACUUCUUUAAGGGAAGGAGGAUAAUGCAGGUGGAGGCUGGAGCGUACUUCACUGUUGCUCUGGUGGAAGCUCUGCCUCCUGUACUCCACGACAACACACCAGAGUCAGACAACCUCCCCGACUUUGACUCUUACGUCAGAUCGUGCGAGCAGUGUCGUCGAGAGACAGGAGACCGCGUGCUCUUCGAGGACGGAGAUGACUAUGAUAAGUGUCCUUUGGGGUUGGCAGUAAGGAAGGAAUAUUUCAACACCGACAGAAGAUGUGAUCUGUUGUCACCCGCUCCGAGUAGUGUGAACAUGGAUGGCCGGUCCUCCAGGAAUAGUGUUUUUCACGAGGACGGCGAAUCAUCGGAUUACGUCGCGGAUGAGUUAGAUCCGACGUCGGGAGAAGUUUCCUGCGAUGGAACGACGCUAAAUACCCCGGUUGAAUUACGGACAGGAAUUGAAUUAAAAGAUAUGGCUCGAGUACAUAAACAGAGUGAGGGCAGUGAGUUUGAAGUUGUUGAAUGUAAUGAUGAUGAGACAGACAUGGGAGGAGAGGCAGGGGGAAGGAAAUCAAGCUCAGGGGGUAGUAAUAGCUUAUUCAUUAAUGCAGACGCUGCCCGACAGUUUAUAUCUAGACAACUAUCUUGGAUGACAACAACAAGUCUAGAACAGGGUGAAUGUAUUAUAGAUAAUGAAAAAUUGAAUAACAAAUACCACAUAGACAGUGCUACAGAGCUUAUUAAGGAAAAUGUAGCAAGUGCAGCAAACAGUGCGGCAAGUCUCGUAGCGACCGGCGUCCGAACCGUGAGUGAUAAAGUGGGGCAGUUGUCGCGGCAUUUCAGUAGCAGUGAGUGUGCCGACGGUGAGCUGCACGACCUUACCCCAGACUCCGACCCGUUCAGUUUAGACACGUUCUAUGACAAAGCCCCGAUGCCUAAAAUGAGUAAAAGUGAUUCCUACGAGUGCAACAGUCUUCCACGUCGACUCUCGGACGAAUUAUGCCGUAAAAAGACUCACAUGAGAACAGCAUCCGGGGGUCUGAGCUUUCCCAAAGUUGGCAGAGAUGGCAUACUGACUCUUGAGAAAGGUCCCGAACAAGUGGCCAAAAAUGCUACACUUAUCAUUGAUGGAGGACAACAUAUAUUGAACACUGAGGUAUGGGCUUGGGGCUCUGCUAAUAAGGGACAACUUGGGCUUGGAGACCUUAGCCACAGAUCAACACCAACCAGCGUGCUAUCCUUGAACCACAUGGGGGUGACCAAGGUAGUGUGCGGCUCCCACCACACGGCCGCUCUUACUAUUGACGGACAGGUUUAUAUAUGGGAAGCAAAAGAUACUAGUGAGGAAGUUGAUCAUACAACAUCGGAGCCAAAGUCCCAAAAGUCGUCAUAUUGGAAGGUGUUUGUAUGGGGGGAUAACUCUGGGGGCCAAGGUGGGCCUCCUGCACCUCCUGGAACUCCUCCCGUACCUAACAAAUCCCCGAACAAGUCUCCGAGUAAACUUGGAAAUGCGUCGGCGGCCAUCAUCUCUCCCAGACGGCUAGAUCUCCCCGAUGGAGGUCUGGUUCGGGAUCUGGCCUCAGGGGAUAACUACCUCAUCAUUGUCACCAUCGAUGGCCUCACAUUCUAUGUUGGCAAAUUAAGAGAGGAAGAGAAGGCAACAGUACAGCAAAUACCAGUUGGUGAUGCUACUACGCGCUGCAGAUCAGUCUUGUGUCAGUGUGACAGUGUGGUCUGCACCGCUGAUGAGAUGCAUCCACAGGUGAUAAAAUUCCUGAAGAAUGAGACCAAGUACCUGAGUCUCCUGAAGUCUGUGAACCAGCUUGUGGUGAAGCCUUUCCUCACGACCUGUUCAGCCAGUAACAGUAGCAAGGGCACCACCACUGCUCAGAAGGACACCAGCGCCUCUAGUGGUGGUGGGGGUAGUGCUUCUUCAGUAGACAGCAAUCAAGUACAACAGACCAAACAAGAACUCUUAGAAGCCUACCUGAACAUAACACACGCAGUAGCCAGCAGCCUCAGUGACAUGCUAGACGACCAAGCCGCUGAUGUCACCGCCGUCAUCCCAAUUAUCCGCCAGGUAGAGGAACACAAGUCAAUAUACCAGAAAUACAUGAACCUGGUGUGUGAUGCCAUUGCUAUCAGCGGCCUCACCAUCUCCAGCAAGGACGCCAAUGUGGUGUUGGAGAAAUGCCAGACCAUAUUAGCGUCUCUGAUCCCCGAAGACAAGCGGAAGACCAAUAGCGACCUCUUUGCUUACCUGAUCCUGCGGCCGCUACAACACAUUCAUGAGUAUGUUGAGUUCCUCCACUCCAUGAAGACCGACACUGAGACUUACUACUCACCUUUUACGCUAGACAAGAUCAAGAUCGCUCACGCCCACUGGAGGCAGUUGUCCAAUACAGCACAAAAAAGUCAGAUAGAAGCUGAGGCGACUAAAGCAUAUUGGGAAACAUGUAGUCCCAAGAUGGUGGAGGCUCUGGCUAACCCUUCAAGAAGGCUCCUCAGAGAGUCUCGGGCCAACCCCAUCAACGUACACAACGCUGGACGCUUCUCCUCACAUUCUUUCGUCCUGCUCACUGACGUCUUGGUGCACUUGCAGUACUCAAAUUUCACGACAUAUAAUCUUAGCACCAUGUGGGUGGAGGCAGUGCCAAACAGUUCAAGUAUACAGAAUGGCAUUCAUAUCACGUUACCUGAGGACACAUUGACACUGUCUAGCCCGACCAGUUCAGACAAGGGUCAGUGGAUAUAUGCCCUUCAGGAGGGCAUCAAGAGAUCUGUUCAUGGUACAGGAGAGGCUGGCUUGGUGGUCAUCCCAAGGGCUCCUCCUCUUGUUAGAAAUGCUGCUUACACCUUUACUAAAAAUGCUCAAUAUAAGGAUGCUACAUAUUCUGGUCAGUGGUUUUGUGGUAAACUGCAUGGUGAGGGCACUAUGACGUGGCCUGAUGGUCGACGGUACGAGGGACAGUUCCGCCAGAGUGUCUAUCACGGACCUGGCAGACUAGAAGUGCCCUCGACUGGUGGGGUGACCAUAUAUGAAGGCACGUGGAAGAACGGGAAACUUGAGGGGAAAGGCAUAAUCAGGUAUGCCAAUAAGGAUGUAUACAUUGGACUCCUUCAUGAGAGCCAGCCACACGGUCACGGAGAACUCAAAAAGGGACGCUUCAGCUCCCAGGCAGCUUCAAUAUACACGGGGGAGUGGAGUAACGGCGUCAAACAUGGGUACGGUGUGCUGGACGAAAUAGUUAAAGGUGAGAAAUACCUCGGCAUGUGGCAGAACAGCAACCGUCACGGCCCAGGGAUGGUUGUUACUAUGAACGGCGUUUAUUACGAGGGAAACUUCUACCAAAACAAACUGACGGGAUUUGGUCUCAUGAUGUUUGAAGACAGAACUUACUAUGAGGGAGAACUUGGUGUUGGUGGAACUUUUGCCGGUAAAGGAAGUCUUCAUUAUCCUAGUGGUGACACCAUCGAGGGAACGUUCACUGGUAACUGGGAGGAUGGCAUCAAGAUCAACGGUAUGCUGCAGAAAGGUGUCGGUGGUGCGUCCGAUGAUGAGAAUGUUCCUGCGUCAUUUGGAAAGCUGAGUGUGAGUGCUGACCAGAAGUGGACGGCAAUUGUCCGUCAAUGCCAGGAACAGCUGGGCAUAUCUAGUGGGGUAGAGGUGUCCACAACCAAAGUGUGGGAGACACUGGCCACCAGAUUGGAGACGGAGAAACAGGCAGCUCUGCGUCACGGGGGGCCGCUGGACAUCUUGGACGGCAUUGACCGCAUACCUGAGACAAAAGGAGAACUCACAUACCAUGACUUCAUGGAAAUUCACUCUUAUUUAGGCAAGGCAUUUGGAAGCAGACUACAUCCAUUAGGGCACUUGCUUCAGUCUCUGGUGGAUGCCUUCAGAGCCACCUACGGGGGUGUUGUGGCUCACCCGCGGCUCUUACCUUACGCUGUACAGGAGGUACAUUCCUUCACCUCGAGGCUGUACCAGUUGGCCCGGGUGUUAUUUCCUGAUCUGCCGAGGGAAGAGGAGAACAUCUUACUGGAGCCAGACAUGGAAGAGCAAGAAGAAAUAGUGGUGACGCCGGCAUUUGUCAUUCACCCUUGGCUUCUACCCCAUGUUUAUUCCCCGCUGUCCACCCUCUAUGUGUUGCACCAUCAGCAGAAGGAUGAGGAGUACUGGAGGAGACUGCUCAAGUGGAACAAGCAGCCAGACACCGCUCUUAUGACUUUCUUGGGUGUAGAUGUUAAGUUUUGGUUGCCUGAAGGAGCCAGCAUCAUGGAAUGUAGUCGGACAUUGGGUACACUAAAAGACCAACAUUUCACUGAAGCUAUCGAGACGCUUCAGAUGCUGUCGACGUCCUUCAGUCCGCGGGAUAAAUUGGGACUGAUUCACCGUACUUUCCAGCAAGUGAGCAAGGCUGUAAUGAACAAACUGGGGAACAACUAUUUAUGGAGUAUGGACGACCUCUUCCCAGUGUUCCAGUAUGUGGUUGUGAGAUCCCGCAUACAGCACCUGGGGGCAGAGAUCCAAUUAGUGGAUGACUUGUUGGAUACUCACAUGCAGCAUGGAGAACUGGGCAUCAUGUUCACUACCCUGAGAGCAUGUUACUACCAGAUCCAGAAUGAAAAACUCAAUCACAUGGUAUGAUGAAGCUGCAAUUUACAUCUAGAAUGUAUUUUAAAUUUCUACAAGUUGUUAUAAACAUUUGCAAAUCAUCUCCACCACAGUGCCCUCCAUUUUAUUUUUGUUACUGUGUACCAUAUCAGUCCUUGGACACAACGUUCAGGAAUGUUAAACUUUGUACUCAGGACAGAGUUCUUCUCCACCUCUUAUGUGGGUCCAGUACAGUACAUUGAAGCCAGUCAAGAGUAGUGUUUGUGUCAGUAUUAAAUGUAAGAGUUUUAGUACUGAUGGUGGCGCUGUAUCUUAGAGUUCACGUGUUGACCUUGAUACUGGUGUUGUGUUUGAAAUGUUUUGAAUGCAGUUCAAGAUGGUUUCCUGUUUAGUUAAAUACUUGUGUGGUAAACCAGCAUAAAAUCAAAACUAUUUGAGGAAAAUUGCAUUACUUUGCAUUAAUUUAGUUCUUUCUGUUUUAGCACACAAACUUUGGUACAAACCUGUUGAUGUAAAGCUUUUAUUUAUAUUGUCAGCUUAGAAUGUCAUCUUUGGUUCUUUGCUACACAGAACUAACAUUGUAUAAUUUGAUAAGUUUAUAAAUAAGAAUGGAGAGUCAUCAACUUUAUACUGACAUAAUGAUGAGCACGACCUAGGGUGCCUCAUGCACCAUUGGACGGGACAACUUGUAGAUGCUGUACAGAGAUUUUGUACCCCAUUUUGUAUUACCAGCUUCAGGUAGCUAAAAGUUUUUCUUCUAUAACAUAUACAGGAAAGCUUUCAUUUUGAAAGACAUAUUUUGUUAAGUUGUAGGCAGUUAAAGAAGUAUUUUUAACUUAAGAACACAUAUAUAAAGAAGUUUAUCAUCUUUGGUUUGAUGGUUGAUAUACAGUUCAAACUUUAGGCAGGGGCCUUCCAUCCAUUUUCCUGUGUGUCUACCUACAGUAAACCCUCGUUGAUGUGCAAUCUCCACAGACAAGAUUUACUUAAACACUGAAUGAUUAGAGAAUUUUAUUUUCUUGUGUGUUUGUUUCUGAAUGGUCAUGGUUUUUGGGUCCUUGGCAGGGCAGCCAUGGUAGCUGAGCAAGCGUCCGUGUACAGUGAAUUGCUAGACAGUGUAUAUGUGUAGUGUGGGGUGAUCAGGUCACUGAUUGGCCCGUGGUGGAGGUGUGUCAUAAAAGCCACUCAUGUCUAUCCUUCACACACUUCACUCCCUCCUACUCCCUCUCACAAUCACACACUACACUAUCACUCACACAUUUUUCCUCCCCCUUACAUUCACACACACACACUCCAUUAUCUUUCUCACACAUUCCCCUCCCUUUCUCUCCAUCUUCACUACAUGGCAACUACACACUUCACUAUACAGUACUACACUCCAGCCUUCCUAUGUGGAGUGUGCAGUACCUUACCUUGCCUCACAUCACCCGUCAACUCAAUCAGAACUUGCUCAGCGCCUCACUUCCCCCCACAUGCCUGUACAGUGCACUUGUCUUGGCCUUAACCCUCAUGAUAUUUUGUUUUAUGGUUCGUGAGUGACUGUUGACCUGAUUUAAUAUAUACAUGUGUAAUAGGGGCAAUAUAACGUCUGAUGGUUCUUGUAGUACAGUAAAUUUUGUAUUGUAAUAUUAUAAUACAGUAACUGGGGUGUAAAAUUGCUGUAAUGGAUGGUCUUCGUGGUCCCUCGACUAACCCUAUUUUUCUAUUAUUUAACGGAUUCACAGUUUUCAUCAGACUCUCUAGGGAUGACCACUGCACAUAAGAACAAGGGUUUACUGUAUAAUCAAUCACAUGUUAACUUUAUUAUGUGAUAGUACUGUUUAAUGAUUUUGAAUUAUUUUUUUCACAUUUUUCAAAGUAUGUACGUGUGUGUGUGCGUGUAAUAAUAUGACUGUAUGUAUGUAUGUAUGUGUUGUGUAUACCUCAAUAGAUGUAACCUACUUGUGGAAAUAGCUCAUUGUCAUGGGUGAAUUCCCUUUAAGCAAUAUCAAGUGACACUCGGUUCACAUUUUGUUCUGAUGGUAAUGGUAGGAGGUACAGAGAGGGGAUCUCUUAAACCUGAUUCUCUUAAGACUUUCGAUAUACUUGGCCAACUGGAGGAUUUUAUUCUUGUGUGUGUCUUAUGUAUUUGUCUUUUGAUACUGAAAUUCCUGAAAUCUAGUGUAAGAAUUAACGUUUAUAUAAGAAUACUUUACAGACAUUCCUCAGUAUCAAUUAAUGGCUGAUUUUCUGGAGCGGAACCCUUUUUGUACGUCAAGGAAUGCCUAGAACGGAACACCUUUUGUAAAUGAAGGCAUCCUUGGAAUAAAACCCUUACAUAUUACACAUGAAUCAAGGAAUGUCUGGAAUGGAUCCCUUACAGAAAUUGAGGAAUGUCUGUAUCUACUUAUUGACAGACAGACAGACACAGUACUACCCAGACUAAUUAACCAUAUUGUCAUCCUCCCAGACUUUUUCUGUUAGAUGAUCCCAAUGUUAAAAUUUAUGUAGUAUUUUCAACUACAGGAAAUAUUACGUCAAACUUUUCUCUAAAUUCAUGAAGUGUUGUGUUGGCUCUACAGAAUACAGUACAGUAUAUUGAUAUUACAGAGAUUGAACCAUAAGAAAUACUACAGUACAUAAAACUUACUUUGCUGUAAUUUGUGGGAGUGUCAUGUUAGCUCUACAAAAUAAUGUACAUUGAUAUUAUAGAGAUUAAUUCGUAUGAAGUGUCAUGUUGGCUCCGGAAAUGUGUAGAUAUUACAGAGUUAUUAUUUAUUUCUACAUGAUUUUUAAAAGAGAAAGAAUAGCCACUCAAGGUAUUAAUUAUUGGGUGAAUGAUAUUUUGACUGCAAUAAUGUCUCAUAUGAAGUCAGAAUUUCAAGCUGUAGCCUGAUUGAAUUUUGUCACACUGUCGAGGUGAAAAUAACUUGUUCUGAAGCAUAAUAGGAAGUGUAUGUAUGUAUGUAUGUAUAUAUGUAUGUAUGUAUGUAUAUCUUGACUUGAAAUCUUCAGGCAUUGACUUGUUUCGUGCAUAUUGUGGUAUAUAAUGAUAUGCAUUAUUUAAUUUUCUUUUUAUAUGUUUAUCUUUAAGGGUUACUCUCUUAUGAUUGACGAAGCUAUUAUAACUAUUAAUACCUAAGUUACCUAGCGGCCAGCCAAACUAGUAGCGGCCGUGAUAAUGCUUACUGCUAGUUUUAGUCAUUGUACCAGGGCUAGUCUGUAUAAGCUGUAUGUACCAUGUUAAAUCUGCAGCUGUUAUUCUGUGCCUAACUUGAACAAUGUGGCAUGACUUGAGGUUUUGAUGCUUUGAGUGUGGAAGCAAAAAUCCCCCCCCUCACUCCCCCUCAGCCCUCUCACCCCCCCA